CCGCCGGCAAGCGGAGGUAAGACAGGGACGGGGAACGGGCCCGGUGCUUCACUUGUGUUUGGCUUUGGGGUCUUUUCAGAUGCCGCCCCGGACCUCUCGUCCCGUACUUCACUGAGCUACUAUUUAGUCAUCAGCUAGAAAUCAUCAUACAAGAGUCAUUAGUGGUGUUUCCUUUUCGGAUUUGUCACGGAGCAAGGCGUUCUUCUUGAUUAUUUGUUUGACAUUCUGUCGCAUUGGUCCUUGGUUACGGGGCGUACUCAGCAAACAAUCAUUCUCGGCAUCAUUACAUAGCGAGAUCAGCUUCACUCCUAGCCCUUGUCGAGAUUUCCCUUGAGUAUUUCUUCAGUUCAAGUUUAACUCGGGGCUCUUCGACAUAUACAAUCGUUCAAACACAUCACUACGUCAUACGCCAGACUGCAGCCAUGGCCUCUUCAACCGACAAGAAGCCACCAGCAACACCAGUUCCACGCUCCAUCGUCCCCGACGCCAACACUUUCGACCCCAGCCUUCCCGCCUCCAAGACAGGCGCCGGCGCCACUAACACCUCAUCCUCAUCCUCCUCCGAUACCCAACCCAACUGUCCCUUCUGCCACAUCUCCUCGACCUUCCCCCCCUACCCCCCUACCACCCCCCCUUCUCCCUUCCCCCCCUCCACCUCCACCUCCCCACAACCACAAACCUUCCUCCUCCUCUCCACCCCCCUCCUGAUCGCCUUCCUCGACAUCAUGCCCCUCUCCCCAGGCCAUCUCUUACUCUGCCCCCGUCGGCACGCCGCCAAACUCACCGACGUUCUUCCCGAUGAAGCCGCCGAAUUGGGGCGUUACCUACGGAUCCUCUCGGAAGCAGUGACGCGGGCGACGGGAAUCAAAGACUGGAACGUGGUCCAGAACAACGGGUCGGCCGCGGCGCAGGUUGUUGAGCAUAUGCAUUUUCAUAUCAUUCCCAGGCCAGGGCUGAGGGAGGCUGAGAGAUUUACGAGUACCAUGUUUGGGAGGGGGAAAAGGGAGGAUUUGGAUGAGGACGAGGGGGAGGAGUUGGCGAGGAGGGUGAGAGGGUUUGUCACGGAGGUGGUUAGGGAGGAGGAGGAGGAGGGGGAGAGGGGGCUAAGGGAGAAAGCGAAGCUGUAGGGAGCGGGGUUGGUCGGAACGGAUGUCACAGAUGUGUGGUCACGGAGCAUAGCCAGUCAUUAAUCUCGAGCGAGCAUUUUCUGGUGUCAUUAUUCAUUAUUGUUCAUCUAUGGGGGGAAUAU